AUGGAAGUACCCGUCGACAACGCGCCUCUAGGCCCAAAGAGCAGAACGCACGAAAAGUUUGAAACUGCAUGGAUAGCCAGCACAGCUGACAAGAAUAUUACAUUACACAGCUUUCGUCGAUCCAAAACUACGCAUCUACUAAAUUUACGUUUCCUAGAAGAUGAGAUCGCCCAAAUGGACCACAUUUUGUACCAAGCUGGUCUCAGCCUCAACUUACCUAUCUCCUCAUUCGAUCGGCUUGGUCUUAGGAAUAACAAGAGAGAUGCCAAAGUUCCCAAGAUCGACGAAGUAAUCACUCCAGAAUUUAUUUUAAAGCUCCGCAGUCUUUUGAAGGAAUACGACGAAGCCCUGGCAGCCUUCAACAAAAUUAUGACGAUGGAAAUCAACUCCCUACUCGACGACGAUAUCCUCUCCAGUCUACGCAGCGACCUCAGUCUCGGAGAGAAAUACAAAACGAGGCUGCUACGAGUAGAUCUCGGGACACGAGAACGUAUCGAUCCGUUCCAGCGCUGGCUCUACAAAUACCUGCGCUCCUUCAAAUUCUGGAAACUAAAGAGAAAGCUCCAGAACAACCCUGAAGACCCGGGCUCGGCUUGGAAUUGGCACCACAUUCACUACCGCCGCCACCAAUGGUUGUACCAAGACAGUCUUCUCAUAGCUGAGAUUACUGGGCGUUUCCUCACGGCAGCGUUUACAGCUGUGUUUCUCAUUGCUCCUUUGGUUAUCUUAUCGUAUGAGUCAUCUAAGAACGUUCAGUUGGCGAUUAUCGCGGCGUGGAUACUUGGACUGUCAUUCCUUGUGUCCCUUUUCCUCAAAGUGACCAGCUUCGAAAUGAUAGCUGUGGCAGCAGCUUACACUGCUAUUCUAUUCGUUUUCGUAUCCAAUGUACCUGCAGAUAUGAGGACAAGCGUAACUUAG